GUGUGCGGCAGAUGCUAAGCCUCCCGUAGAGGCCCCGAAGCCCUAGUGGUGGCUGCGUCUCAGGGUGGCGGCAGCCCGUGGGCCCAAACGGCCACUGCCACCCCAGAACAUCCUCACUCGACUCGACUCCACGUGAGCCGGCGCAGGGCUGAAACAGACCCUAAGGAGGGGACAUUGGCCGGUGAAGCGGUGCCCACGUCUCUGGGAGCUUGAUGAGGCUCAUUCUGGGAAAGAGGGGAAAAAUCUGGAAACGGGAACCAGCUGCUUCCAGAUCAGCUGAAGCCUCCAGAUCCGGUCCUGAGUACGAGCAAUGGCGCCCUUCAGGGUUAAGACCCAGCCCGGACCCCACAGCCCAGGAGCCAGCAAGAAGUGUUCCCUUUCCAGGAGUUGGCUCCUUAUACACACUCAGCAGUCCUGGUGUAAGUUUAAGCACUUUCUGAAGCCAUCAGUGCUUCACGUAGAGGCACGUCUGCUGGAAAAGAUUUUCGGUCCAAGCAGAGUCCUCCUCCCGGGAUUCGAGCGGGAGUUCAAAGUCCUGCUCCAAAUGAGACAGCGCAACUCCGAGGGCAAGGUUGAAAUCUUCAUCAUGGGGAGACGCCGGUACCGCAAGCGUGCCAAAAGGCUGAUUCGCUUUUUGGCCGUGAAGCCGCGAAGGAAGCCGUGCGAAGGCACAAUGAUGCUCAGCCUGGAAACCAUGAAGUCUCUUGAAAAAGAGAAUGUUCAUUCCAGUGCUUUCCUCUCCACCAAAGUGAUGAGCAGCCUGGAUGAAGCCAUGCAGUCACUGGAAAUAAGUCAGGAGACUGUCCAGGAACCUGUUACCAAAACAGUGUGAUUUUUGUGAUUAGAAUCUUAGUGCAAGGGGUUCAGUCUGGGUCAGGAGCCUUACCCUUAGAGCCCAUUCUGUACUCUGCCUUUGUUCCUGUGGCUAAGGGGAAAUAAGUAUUGUUAGUGGUCUAUACACCUUUUUCCUUGCUAAACAAAUAGACAGUUGUUUAAAGAUUCAAAAGUGAGUUAUAAUAAAAAAUAAACUUUAAAAAACAUAUAUAGAUAGAGAUUAGUAUUGUCAAGAAAGGCAGUCUUGCUUUGCAUGCUCCAAGAAGGGAAAGAGCUAAGAAUUAACAAAUGGUUGGUUCUGCUUUUUCAGUGUUUUGUACUAGGUGGGUAUAGCUAGGACCUUUAAUGUUCCAGGGAGCUUUUGUAGAUAAGGAAGAACUUUACUGUUUAUUCUUUCAUUAAUGCUAAUUUUGAAAAAAAAUGUUACAUUGAUAUUAAACAAGCUUUAUA